CCCCAGCCCGGCCCCCCGCUCCUCACGGCUCCGCUCGCAGUCUGCCCGCCUCUGCCGGCCUGUGCGGACCUGCCGGGCCGGGCACACCCUGCAGGGUGUGAGCGCAGCAGCGGAGCCGAGUGCUGGCACGCAUGGGCCCGGCAGAGCCCAGCCCCGCGCUCACCUGGCCCGGCUGCGGCAGCGCGACAUCCGCGGGGAGCAGGACACCUGACCUUGGCUCUGGCACAGUCUGCUGCUAUGGCAGACCCCCCUGGCUGCUGCUCCACCUGUGCCACGUGCCUGCUCUGCCCCUACAGCUGCCAGUGGAUCACUGCCAAGAAGGAGAAGAGGAAGGGCUUGAGAACCACCAAGUAUGACUGCAGCUGGUUCCUUUUCCUCUUCUGCGUCUUCCUCUUCACCCUGGUGUGGCUCUACUUCGCUAUCAUCAUCCUCAAUGAUUUCCACAACUUCAACGAAUUCAUCUUCAGGCAGAAGAAGCUGUGGCUAGACUGGUCCCUGGUGCUGCUCAUAGCUACAGCUGUGCUGAUCAGCUACUCAUCUGUGCUGCUGGUCCUCGCUCUGUGCCUGCAGCUCUGUGGCCAGCCCUUGAAGCUACACUGGGUGCACAAGGUCCUGCUGAUCCUGACUGCCCUGGUGGUGGCUGCAGCCUUCACAGGGCUGGGAAUAAAAUGGGCAGAGGAGUGGAAAAGUGCAUGGAUCUCCCUGCAGGCAACAGGUCCCUUCCUGCACAUCGGAGCUGUGGGGGGAAUGACGCUCCUUGCCUGGCCCCUGGCCAGCUUCAUCUACCGCACCCGCAGCACAGGUCUCAGGGUGUUUGUGCUGCUUGUGUACUGUGCAGCAAUGAUUGCACUCUACCUGGCUCCCCUGGGAAUCACCUCCCCUUGCAUCAUGGAGGAGAACCAGCUGCCCCCCAAGCCAGCCCUAGUUGGCCAUCGAGGAGCACCCAUGCUGGCCCCUGAGAACACCCUCAUGUCACUGCACAAGGCAGUGGACUGUGAUGUGCAAGUCUUUGAGACAGACGUCAUGGUGAGUGCUGACGGGGUCCCAUUCCUCAUGCACGACGAGGAGCUCACCAGGACCACCAACGUGCAGGCUGUGUUCCCUGAGAGGGCUGCCCUCAACAGCACUGCCUUCAACUGGACAGACCUCCAGCAGCUGAAUGCUGGCAGCUGGUUUCUGGAGCGGAAGCCAUUCCCCACUGUGCAGAAUCUUUCUCCUGAUGAUCGCCAGGAGGCAGCUGAACAGAGGAUCCCGUCCCUGGAACAGGCUCUAGAGGCAGCCAAGCACAGCAACCUCUCCAUCAUGUUUGACCUUCGGCCUGAGAACCACAGUGACUACCAGAACUUUGUCAAUGUCACCCUGGAAGUGAUUUUACAGUCAGGCAUCCCUCUGCAGCAGGUCCUCUGGCUUCCAGAUGGCUUCAGGGAAGAUGUCAAACAGCAGGCCCCAGGUGUCCAGCACGUCUAUGGCCGGAAGAGGGUCGAGAAUGAGAAGGAGCCAGUGCUGCACGUCAAUCUGCCCUACCAGGACAUGACCUCUGAGGAGAUCAGGCAGUACCGCCAGGACAACAUCUCUGUCAACCUGUACGUGGUGAACCAGCCCUGGCUCUUCUCCGUGCUGUGGUGCUCAGGGGUGAGCUCUGUCACCACCAACGCCUGCCAGGUGCUAAAGGAGAUGGAACACCCCAUCUGGCUGCUGCCCAGCAGCACAUACUUCAUGAUCUGGAUCGUUGUGGACUGUGUUUCCUUACUUAUCAUCAUCUGGGCCUUCGUCCUGAUGAAGAAAUGUUCCCGCAGGAGACGGCCAGCGGGUGAGUGCGCACGGAACGGGAGCUUCCCUCCCCUGGAGCCGAGCUCUGCCUCUGGGACUCUCCCUGACAGAGUCUGAGACGGAUGUGCUGCUCACAAAGAUCAACAGCCUGAUGCAAGAGUGACGUCUGUGUCAGCUGUGGGGAAGGGCAGCCAGAGCCCUGCACGGCUCAGGCAGGAGCGCUCCUCAGGCCAGCUUCGAGGCUCCUUUCCUCCGAGCCUCCCUUCCACCGUGGCCUUCCUGGCUCCUUUCAUGGUGCACAGCUGCCCUCAGCUGAAAAGACUUGGAACUGAGUUCUCAUUGCCCACUGGCAGCGAGGAACUAAAGCUUUGCAGGGGUGGCCUAGGGGCAGAAUAUUUAUCCAGCAGUGCUGGAGCUGAGACCUCUCCCUUAUUGUUUGGACAGGAGCGGGGAUUUGGGUGGCUGUUUGGUGCAGGGGAAGGGCUGUCUCUGCCUGUUGUCAGCACCUCUGCAGCCAGGGAUGGGACACCUGGUUUAAGGGCUGUUCCCCUGGGGGCUGCCCUGUCCCAUGGCUUGAGGAAUUUCAGGAAGGAGGAUGUGGAGUGGCUUUUCAAAAGACAAAGGGAAAGCCAAGCUCUUCACCCUCCCAUCCUGGACACAAAUCCCGUCCCUACUGCUGCUGGCUUCAUCUUCACGGGACAGGGUCCUGGCACUCCGUGCAGCAGUUCAUGCCUGUUGUUCGGGAAAGAGAAGGAGCAGGUCUGAGUGUUGUGGGUGUCAGGGGCUGGCAGGACCGCGCUCACGCUCCUGCUGCUGCUCCAAGGCAGCAGAGGGAGCGCUGGGACUCGGCAUCGGUCCCGUUGCAGCAGGGCCUCGAACAGGGAGAGGGUACCGUGUCAGUUUCACUUGUUGCUGUCUAUUUAUGUCAAUAAAGCAGAGGAGCGGCAGACAGAG